CUGCUCCACUUCCUGCGAUUUCAUUUGGGGCCAGUGGUGUAACAGGUCCACCCUCUCUGAGAGUCACCAGUGCCCUCCUCCUCCUGGGGCCCCACCUGGGCCCCCCACGGUGGCCCCCCGGGGUCACAGAGCAUCCUCCCCACCCCUCCCCAGGCGUGCAGCCCCUGGACUUCUGCAAUCUUAACUGCUGUGACUGCACUUCCGUUCCCGGGCCAGCCCCACCUGCUCCUCCCUGCCUGCGCCUCAUUAAGACAUCCUCCUCCCGAAGGUUGGCCACCAUGAUGCCCUCCGGGCCGCUGCCCGGGGUCUGCUGGACCUCACUCCUCUCCCUGCUUCUCAUCUGCUGUCUGCGGCCCCCAGGUGCCCAGGGGCAGUUCUCGCUGCGAUUGGAGCCCCAGGACCUAGUGGUGCCUGAAGGAGGGUCCAUCUCGGUAAACUGCAGCACAGACUGUCCCGACGCUCAGCACGUCACUCUGGAGACAUCCCUCCCCAAGGAGCCAUUGAGCAGUGGCUUGGGCUGGGCAGCCUUCCGGCUCAGCAAUGUGACUCAUGAUGACAGAGAGGUCCUCUGCUCCAGCUUCUGCAAUGGCUUGCAGAUAGCAGGCUCUUUUGGCAUCACAGUGUACCGGUUCCCCGAUCUCGUGGAGCUGGAACCCCUGCCCUCCUGGCAGCCCGUGGGCCAGAACCUCACCCUGCGCUGCCAGAUGGCAGGCGGGGCGCCCCGCGACAACCUCACCGUCGUGCUGCUCCGCGGGGAGGAGGAGCUGAGCCGGCAGCCGGCGGUCGGAGAGCCAGCCCUGGUCAACCACACGGUGGAGGCCCGCAGAGAGGACCACGGCGCCAACUUCUCGUGCCGCGCGGAGCUGGACCUACGGUCCCGAGGGCUGGGACUGUUCCAGAACAGCUCGGCCCCCAGGCAGCUGCGAACCUACGCCUUGCCCGUGGGGCCCCUGCACCUCGAUGUUCCCCGGUUCUUAGAGGUGGAAAGGCUGUGGCUCGCGAACUGCACGCUGGACGGGCUGUUCCCCGCUUCCGAGGCAAAGAUCCAACUGGCGCUGGGGGACCAGAUGCUGAAGUCCCAGGUCGAGAGACACGGGGACAGGAUCACGGCCACAGCCAAUUCCACCGCGAGGGCGGAGCAGAACGGCACCCAGGAGAUCGUCUGCAAAGUGACCCUAGGGGACGAGAGCCGGGAGACCCGAAGGAACUUGACCAUCUAUAGCUUCCAGGGGCCCAUCCUGACCCUGAGCGCGCCCAGCGUCGCCGAGGGGACCAUAGUGACUGUGACUUGCACGGCUGGAGCCCGAGUCCAGGUCACGCUGGACGGAGUUCCAGCCGAGGCCCCGGGGCAGCCCGUCCAGCUUCAGCUAAACGCCACGGAGAGGGACGACAGGCGCAGCUUCAUCUGCAACGCCACCCUCAAGGUCGACGGGGGGAUCUUGUACAGGAAUGAGAGUGUCCAGCUGCGUGUCCUGUACGGUGCCAAGAUUGACCGAGCCAAAUGUCCCCAGAACUUCACGUGGGAAGAAAUGACCACCCACGUCCUUGAGUGCCAGGCCUGGGGCAACCCGGACCCGGAGCUACAGUGUGUGAAGCAAGCAUCGAAGGUCAAGGUGCUUGCCGGAACCCCAUUCGUCGUCAGAUUAAAACACCAUGGUACCUACAUGUGCCACGCGAACAACUCACACGGGAAGGACACUGUGACCGUGGUGGUGAACGUUCAAGCUCGGAACCCCGCCGUCGUCCCCGUGCUGGUGGUGUUAGCGAUCCUUGGCCUGAUCACUGUCUCAGCGGCCUUACUGUAUGUCUUCGUGUUGAAGAAACACUCCGUGAGUGACAUCUACUAUGUGAAUCGGGGGAGCACCACCUGCUUGCCCCUCAGGUCUAGGCCGGCUGACCAAAGACUGGGGGAGGAGUCGUCCUGAGCCUCGGGCCGCCGGGAUACUGGACAAAGGGGAUGGGGGUUUGGCUGUGUCUCCGGGUUUCGUACCAAUAAAGCCUUCAAAAUCCGG